AAUUAAAACCGAAUUCGUCAAAAUAAAGUGUAAAACGAAAUCUGAACCGUCACUUCGUGCGUACAACGUGCGUUUGGACGAUACGACUUCAUGAAAAUGCGGCUUGCGUAGGAAUUGAUCAUCGAGAUCGAUCGCCCCGAAGCAAUUUAAAACCGCCGCACCGUAAAUGACCGACCGCGAGCGAACGUAUCGUCUAUGUCGCAACUGAGAACCGAGGAAAAAGUUAUAGCCCCGUUUCGCGCAACGAAAGUAUUAAAUUAGGUUAGCUGGGUCGCGACCGCGCGUCGCGAAUUUCGGUCCCGUGCGUUGGCGGCAGUGGUCGCCGCUGCUUGGCGCUCGCACGUUGCGUCGGUCGUACGGUUCGGAAUCGUGAUAAGUGUAACGGCCGAGCCGAGCUAACGGACUCCGGUGCGGUUUCUCGCGGAAACGCUUCGGGGAAAACGCAGCGCGAGCCGCGUGAAGAGUCGCGCGCGCGCACGUGUCAUUCGUUUAAUUCGCGAAGUUGCGUGCCACUUGCCAGACUUGUGCGGUCGCGACGAACUCGCGGAAAGGGAAAACCGACGACGCGACGGCGAAACGACCGACGUCCCCGGCGUGAAGCGCGGAAAUUCAGCGCGAGCGAGAACGGAGCUCGUGAAAAUUCAGAAUAAAGAGAUGCAUCGAAGAAGAUAACGAAUUCCAGGGAUCAUGGCGAAUAGAAGGGAGAAACCUACUGGCUUUGUGAGUAAAAUUGUUAAUACUCAACGCUACAAUUAACGAAAGUUAUGUUUCCCAACUUGAGAAAAAUUGUCAAAGAGAUAUAAAAUAUAUUGAAAACAAUUUUAUUGGGGAAGAUUAUAAAAGACUAUAGAUCAGCAAGAUGAAUUGAAACUGUGGUAAUGAUUGUUUACAUAUUGCAAAAAAUAGCAUACUGCCCCAAGGUUUUCUUUCAAGCCUCAGGGAUUUAACAUGAGAACCAAAAAUAACAACCACUCCAGAAUCUAAUUGUGCUCCGUCUAACUGCAGUAAUUGAAUCAUCUUGGAAUUGCACACGGAAGUAAUAACAGCAUGUCAAACACUUUGCAGAUGCAAAUACGUACGCCUUACGUAUUUAAGUAUUCUACGUCAAUGUUUUCAAUUUUUAAUUACGGUACUCGAUUCUCGUUAGCAAGGCGUAUGUUGCAAGAUACGAUGCGAUAUGAUACCUGUAUCGAUACCUUUUUAUGUUCCUUAUCUUAAUAGCUUUCGGAACGAUAGUCAUUAUCAACUGAACGCUUUGCCGUUUACCUAUGUGUCACAGUCGCGUCGCAAAUAACGUCGUGGGACGACGUCGUGCACCGCAAAUCCCAAUUCCUUUUUUUAACUCGUAUCAUCGCACGAAUCGUUUUUCCGAUUAAUCGUCGUCAUUCGUGCGAAGCGUUUCGCGAUACAACGAUGGUGCUCAGACUCGUAAGGUGUGUGCUCCGAUAACGUCGAAAGAGCGCAAAAUGUCGAGCAUUCAAAGGAGGAAGAGCUGGUAUCAGAAAGCCGAGGUAGGAAUCAAGAAAUGAUCGUUCACAUCAAUUGCCGAAAAUUAAUCUUAAUAAAAUAGCAAGAUUUUUUGUAUCGUAUUUAAUCAGAAGAUUUACAUAUGCGAAAACAGAUGCGUGACUUUCAAAAAAUAGUAGAAGAUAAGAAUCUUGCAUAAUCGUGUGAUAUCGCGGUGACAUACUGCGGCAAUACUGAGCAGUAAGCGCAUCUCUGUCAUUCAUUAACGUGCGAAAUUUGUUAUUAAGAGACCCGCGACAAGAAUGAUGCGCAUGAGGUCUCAUGGAACGCGAUAAAACGCACGCCGCAGAAAUUCUAUGGCGAUAUACCCGCUAUACGUGGGCACACGACGAGUUUCCUGUUCUGUUAUCGUGUAUUUGUCACUGUUUAUGUCACCGUGGUACAAGCAUUCACGCAGAAAACGCCGCACGAUUCGUGCAUUUACGCAACGCGAGUCGUCCUCUCUUCGUUUGUCAUAUAUACCUCGUAUUUCCGCAACAAUUUUUCUGCUCUUUCCAUUUCUCUCUUCGUAGGAUGUUGAUAUAUUCUGCAGACACCAGCAUUCCCUCGCGACGUAGGCAUGCAUUAUCGUUCGAUUAAAAUUUUAUGACCUUCGGGGAUAUUAUUAUAAAACUACUAUCAAUAUUCUUGAUUACUCACCGUGAUUUUCCGAUCGUGCUGCAUAAAAUACUACAACGAACCAUUUUUUUUACAGCACGUGCUCGCUUGUCUCUUAAACCGUGCAAAAUUAAUUAGAAGGGAUGCGCGUGAAUUAAUAAGUUUAAUAAACUUUGCCGGCGAAAAACGGAAACUUUGCAACGAAAACAAAACCAACCGAAUAUCGUCGCUUCGUAAUUUCACGCAGUCGUCAGUAAAGAGUGACACGCACAAAAAGCAUACCCAUAUAUACGCAACGAUGACCUUAGGUGCAGCGCAAAUUCGAGCCGCGUUAGCGUGCACUUUACUCGAGCGCGCCUAUAAAGAUCAUCGUAUAAAUUUCAAACUUUACGUCACGCUUACGAUCGUUAAUUUUAUCGUUAACGGCCUUCACAUAACGUUGAUAGCAAUUCCCCCCCCCCCUUUUUUAAUCAUUUACGUAAAGUCAUUGCACGCUGAAAGUUCUCCGAGCAAAAAGCAGACAGCUGCCUUUCGAUACUUGCGGUCGUGCAGCAUUUAGUGUUCAGUGAAUAGCGACAACGAUUGAUGCAACAGACCACGUGCCUGAACAGCACGCGAUGCCCAAAGCAAAUCGCAUUUAUAUCAAUUAUCACCGGAAAGAUCAAUGAGUUCUUGCCGGACACAGCUCGUGCAUAUGUAAUUACAGUUCCCAUAAAUUAAAGCAUGCGUCGCGUAGCAAGCAUAUUUUGCAACUGUCAAUUUCCCUGCAAGCAUUUUUUUGCAACUGCCUAUUUCCCUGCGCGACUUUUUCUUAUCCUUUUUUUUUUUGCACAGAAGUGUCCAAGUGACCGCAGGAACGCAGCCACGUUGACGGAAUUAAUCUCGCAGCGAAGUGACUGCUGCUGCAGCGAUUUUUAUCACUUUCCUUAAUUCGCGCGCAAUGAGAGAUUCUCUCGACCGAGGAUAUCACGUGGGAAUAGGGCCGCCGGGAUACCCAACACCUUCGUGCGUGUGCACACGAUUCUCUCCAGCUUCGCGUUACAAAAGCGGCCGAAUUAAAAAAUCCACAUUUAGCACGUUAUAUGCGCGUGCAAAAUAAAACAGGCGCGCAGACGUGCUAACCGAGCAUCGCGCGGCUUGUAUUUCGCGCGAGGACAAGGCGCGCACCUUUCAGACGCGAAGAUCAUCUUCUCGGCGAAACAAGCGCGCGUAGGUCGCAAAAAGAAAAAGAAACGGAGGAUCGACCCAUGGUCGGCCUCCGUAUGUACGCCCAUCGGAAUUUCAGCGUGACACCGUUUCGGUCUCUCUCUGUUUCUGUCUCCCUUGCGUGCAAGAAGGCCGGAUUGAGCAGCUGGCGUCAUCGCCCCGACUGCUCGCGCAAGUGAUAUCAUCCGUAACCACGCGCGUAUUUUUUCUUCCGGUUAAUCGGGAAUAAUUAAAACCACCAGUUCAUUCCCGGGGAACGCGCGGAAACAAUGCGCCGCCUCCUGCUCCCGUUAACGGAUGGAGAAGCUGCGAUGGAGAGAUGCGAAAGUAGGAAAAGGAAAUGUACGAAAGUGGAACUCCAAGAAUUGAAUCGUCUUAAUCAACCUGAAUAAACAUUAGAUAUUUUAUUAGAUAUUCAUGGUGGAGAAUGUCGGUUUUAUCAGCUUCGAUCGUUCCUGAUCUCGUUUCUAAUUCUUAAAAAGGGACACAGAAUAUAUUCGCCGAACGAUGAGAUAAAUGAAAUCUCUUUCUGCAGACGUUGGAAUGAGACGUGCUCAUUUUUUGUUCAUUGUGAGCACUGCGGUAUUGAUAAGAAUAUUUUGCAUAUAUUCUGUUUAUAUGCGCAAGCAGAUAUAGCACGCAUCAGAAUCGUAAUUCUUGACGAUGCUAUCUUCUGGUCUUUAUUUCCAUUUCCUAUAUAGAAUAAUAUAUAGGGUAAGAGAUACAAUCAUUGACACGGAUAUAGUUAUUGACACAUUAAUUUUUUUAAUUGAAAUUUCUCGACACAUGCAUGGCUCUUGUGUGAAACGUUCAUAUGCUCGUACAAAGUACUCCUUCACCAACAAAUUUACUGAGUUGUCUUAGAUUUCUGUCAUUGCGUUUCGAAGCGGUAGCAAAAACAAUCACUGACCCGCUCUUGGCGAUGCUCCGAAUAGAUCAGUGCAUGGUUUUGCUGCCCGCUUCGAAACGCAAUGACAGAAAUCUAAGAUAACUCAGUAAAUCUGUUGGCGAAAAGGUACUUUGUACGAGCAUAUAAACUUUGCGUACGAGCGUCGUGCAUGUGACGAGAAAUUUAAGUUAAAAGAGUUAAUGUGUCAAUAACUGUAUCCCUAUCAAUAACUGUACCUCUUACCCUAUUUACCCAUUUACGAUUUCUUUCCAGAUUAAAUCAGAUUAACAUCAACUUGAAGAGAUCUCUAAAAUGCUAAAUAAUUCGAUAUUAUCUAUCUUUACCUCGAUAAGCUUGCUUUGGAAUGGAUUUUUCUUGAUCUGGCCGUUUUCACCAUUGCCGCAUCGCAUGACCAUUUAACAGCGGCGCGAUAGAACAGGUGGCCGUUUGUGUUGCGUAUAUAGAGCAUUACGUAACACGACGCUAUGCCGAAAUGCAACAAUAGGUCUGUUUUUUUCUUCCUGCACUGCUGAACUGGUGCACUAUGUUAAAGUGAGACAAGUAUAUUUUUUUCUCACUCUAAUUUAUUGCACCAGUUCAGCAGUGCAGGAAUAAAAAACAGACCCACUAACUAGCGUGUCGAAUUCAAAGACCACAAAAUUUUCUCAUUCCGCAUUAUAUGUUUCAACAUAUUCUUUGAGCCUCAAAACACUGGUACUCAUGACACGCAGUAUUCAUCUUCCGCUCACGCAGAAAUAUGCCUGCUUCCCGAUAAUCGUGAUUUAUUAUCGCGAUAUGGCAUAAUUAUGCAAGAUUAAUUCCUGCUUUGAAAUUCAGAUAUCUCUGAAUUCUCGCAAUGCGUAAAUCUCUCGAUUGAAUAGCCUGGAAACUUUGCGGUUACGUUAUGGUAACGGAUGUUUUAUUCGUACGUAAUAGCACGUAACACGUUUCUCCCUGUAACAUGACGUAAAUAAUGUUACGUGAAACCGGGCUUUUAGAUGAGAGUAAUGUAGUUAAUCGUCUAGGUUCUAUUGAUUUGGAUCGCUCGCCGCCUCUCGUGCAAACGUGCUGCAUUCCACAGAGCAUAGAUAAGUCCUUAAUGCCAAGGAUUGCAAGAUGAAAAAGGCAACUUCCCUAUCGAGCACUAACACUCAUUUGUAGUUACAUGCACACGCGCGAUUAAAGACAACAUAUGAGGACUAUUGUCGAAUUCGUGUCAAGUUUGUGCCGAGCAUGGUCUUGAUUCCAUGGGGGAAUCGAGGAUACGUGUAUACAUCAACGCGAGCAGCAGGAAGGCCGUGUGUCAAUGUCGAAAAUAAAUCUGGCGACACGGAUCUUUAUUCGUUGCAUUAAAUCGUGAGCCGAUGCAAGAAGCAAAAUUUGCAAAAUUGCAUUUACAAUUGCAAACAAAGUGUUAACAGCUUUUGCGUGGUAAUUAUUAUAGCUAAAAUUUUUAUUAUACGGAAUAUGCGUUGGAUGCGAUAAUUAAAUGCAAUUAUAUUUUAUGAUUGCGAUUAAAGCGCGACACUAAAACUGGAACGGGAUCAUCUCUCAUAAGAAAUUAACAUCAACGCGAUACCUAUAUUUAUCUGAUUAAUGCUGCCUCUAAAAUAUCUUGUCAAAAGCAUCGAAAAUAAAACACGGUUACUUAUAACAUAUUGCUACGGGGAAAAAAAACUGAACUUGAGAUACAGUCGUCGUUAAAAGCGUCUGUUUGACAGAGACGUAAAUUUGUGUUCAUAAUAUCCCAUACUGUUUUUCCAAACACGUGAUCAGUGACAAAUACUGUGUUUUUUUUUAACGUGUCAGAACCUUGGUCUAUUCGAAGCCGUGACGUAGCCGGUCGGGCGCGUUCCGCGGGUACGUAAGGAUCCGCGUGAUUCACGACAGAGACGUAUCCUUUCGGCCGGGGUCAACUACGUGGUCGACGUGAAAGGAGUCGCCUUUGAAUUGCCUGAUAAAAAAACAUCGAACGUGUUGGAAAAAAGAAGACGAUCAAGCUUCGUACGGCCUCUUAAUGAGUCAGAUACUUUUUGAGUGCAGCAGAAUAAUCUCGGGGUGAAUAAAGCAGAAACUUGCGGAGGCACAUUCCGCGAAACAAGAAAAAAGAUAUCGUGACCAUCACCGGAUUCUUCGGUCAGUUUGCUUUGAAUCGGGAGAUGGAAUUUGUUGCCGAAGUAAGAUAAAAGACUUAAAAACAUUGUCAUCAAGAAAACUUAUUGGAAGCAUGACGUCAGCGGUGCAAGAAUAGACCCACCAUCUGGGAUCAUAACGUCAGUAGUGAGAAAAUAAAGGAGAAAGUUUCUUGCGAUUUAUGUCGAAAGAAACGAUCUUUCGUGGAUAUAGAGUCGUCGCUAUACAAUGCUCCGGGUUUUUCUUUCUAUAGCGGAAGAGUUCAUCGAGGAGAAAACCAGAACUAGGAAAUUAGAUUAACAUGAAAUUGUGUUACAACAGCACGGAAAAGUGAAGAUACGUAGGUGUAUAAUUAAGAGCUUAAAUUAUCCGUAAAAUUAAAUAACUUAACUAUGAAACAUAAACGGAGCAAUAUGAUUUCGUAAUGAGAUAAUUUCUGAAGAUAUUACCUCACAUUGAUCUUGAUAAAAGUUCACCAAUAUUAAUUACAUAAAAACUUCCACGGAAGAUUGAUAUCUUUUAACUUCUUAUUUAUUACAAAUUCUAUAUUUAAUCAAUCCUGCUUUCUUGAAUUCUCUUGCUGUUGACGUCAUCCAGCAUGAUAUCUCCCUCCUACGCUGUUUACAUGCAUAUAAUGCGUCGCUGUGCCGAAGAUUCAUGUACCAAGAUAGUUGAACGCGAGAAGACAUCAGAAACCCGAUCCUGAUCCUCUGCGGUGCGCGAACAACUUACGCGCUGAUUGUGUCGGCCAACAGCAACAAUGUGGAGGAACCCACAUGCGGAAGAGAGAUCAGCUGUCGAAAAAUUAGCACGCUUCUUACGAAUUUCAGGCCCGGUGAGCUUGAUUCCGAUAAGCGGUCAGCGCGGAGGAGAUACGGUUCCGCGAUACCGAGCGUACCGUAAGGAUAUGCGCCGUCUCGGGUAUGCUGGGCUUCUCUCCUUUUGGUUUCUUUAAUCCCACCACGAUGCCCCGUUAUGUUAAUCUUACGUUACGGCCUAACUGUACCGACUGUAUAUACUAUAUCUGCCCGCGCGCUCGCAGGCACGCCUCUUCGCGAUGCGAAACGGGCAAAUGACGAAGUGGCGAGUCAUCGAUCACGCAUUACGAAAUUACUUGAUACGCCUGAGUCGCUGAAAUUCGGUAUGCGAUAAAUCGUUCGAAUCUUUCCUGUAUUCCUUCGUACCCGCUUUGGAUCUUUCUUUGAUCUCUGCCGAUCACAUAGCGAAUAUUGAGCAUACAGAGCAUUAUAGGUUCUCUCCUUUCAUGAGACUUUUUUGUAACAUUUUGGUAAAAUUGAUAUUAAUUUCUUUUUCUUGAUACAUUGUACGUUGAAUGGUGCUUUCUCAUGGUUAAUAAUUAUUUAAUUUUACAGUUAGUAAUGUUUUUUAUUUCUGUAAGGUUUAGGAAUGCAACGAAAAUGAGUUUUAAUUUUUCUUUAUUUCUUCAUUAAUUCUUCAUUAAAACUUAUCAGCUUUAUUUAAAAUACAUGUUAUCGUGAUAUAAUUUGAAUUUGAAUAUUAUUAUUACAGAUAUAUUUAAGAUGAUAUGUGAAACAGUAAAAGGCGAUUUGAAAUCAGCUUUUUUAUUUAUUAAGAAAAGUCGACCUCAACUUGAUCCGUGGACGAAGGAAAAUUUAUGAAACUUGCUCAUUGUUAUAUAAAAAUACAAUAUAGAAUAAAUCACGAACACGAAGGCACGAGGUGUGACAGUAAUCUUUUGUAAUCAAAGAAGUCUGGGAUUAGCGGGCGCACUUUCUACAAUUGUGGUAAUUUUGCGUCGCGAAUCGCUUCGUCGCGUCGAGUCAAACUGUGAAUGUGCCACUAUGAACGUAUUAAAAAUAAUUUUUUUCGUCCGUAACAAUUGAAUCUACGAAAUAAUGUCAAUUCCAGUUUUAAUCUUCCGAGGAACUCAGAAAAAUCAUAUAGAUCACGUUUAACACCGCAUGAUCAAAACUAUAAAAAGGAAACAAUAGUGAAUAAUAUAAAACUAACAAAUAAUAAUGUACAAAUUAGUAAAUUAGUAACAAAUUAGUAAGUAGUAAGAAAGAAAUACUAAUAAAAUAAUUAUUUAACAUAAGUUAAUUAUUACUUUCCACUUUUUUAAAUUUGUCUAAAAACUUUUUUAUUUAAUAAACUGAAAAAUACGAUUUUUACUGCACGAAGUUUAACUCACAAAAGCUAGAUAACAGUAAUAAAUUAUACCACUUAUAAAUAGCGUAACAAUACUCUUAUUCUAUUAAGACUCGUUUUAUAGAAAAUGGGAUUGCAGUUACAUACCACUGAUAUGUUAAUCACGCUAAUUGAAGAAAGUGAGAAGGUCGCUUAGGCCACAUUCCAUCUGCAGUAUAUCUAAUGUAAGGAAAUACCACGCAAUAGUCAGUUUAUUUGUACACUUUUCGUGGGCUAGGCCAUGUAUGUGUUCGUAUCGUGUGGCAAGCAUUUCAAUUAACAAUGUAACAAACGAUUCGCGUUUUCAUCGCGUAAUGUUCAUGCUGUAUGAACGGGUCGAGGUAGGAGGCAGGGAAGGGAUGGAAUAUCGCGUGCAUUCAAGCGUCUUGGACCAGCGUGCAACCGAGCUGAUCGCAACCGGUCAGUUCGUCGCCGUUCUUCCUCAAGCGCGGGUCCUCCCCGCUUUAGCUGUCAGCCUGCUCGCUGUCAUCCGAAUCCACCCUUGACAAUUCGCGAACGCGCGAUUGCGUGAGCCGCGUGCGAUGACAUGGCGUGCCACGUGGGAGAAUCGUGAGAGUAAUUGCAGCGGUGAUUAGUGGUGAACGUGCGAUGCAACGUGGAAAUUGAUCGCAAAGUCCUCGGUCUGGAGAACUGCGGUUCUCCGUGAAAGAUCUCUCGUUCGAAAUGUUCUCGUGACGUAAUGUACCAGUAACAUUUCCGUUACUAGUAAAUGCGUGAUAUUCAUGAUUAGUGUUAUAUAAACGAUAUUUUUUUAUCAAUAAUUCGUUCGUUCAGUUCAGAUUGUUUAAAUCGGAUUUUUCUCGACGGAGUGAACAUCUUUGCUGAGCUUCUUGAGCCUAGAACUCUCGUCUCGGGGUUCAUUAAUCGAAUUGCCGGGAGGCAAUUUCAUUUGUUACGAUACUUGUUUUUUAUUUAUUUUGAAUAUCCUCUUUGUCAGCCGACUCUGAUCGGUUCGUGUUAAAUCCACGCUAAUCGGCGCGACAAUUGCGUACACGUAUUUGUGCGUGACGUGUUUCAUUCUCCUGUACAUCAUCGAACAUCCCGCGCAUCAUCUCUCCCGCAUUCAACCGAGCUACCGCGAACGACCGUAUUGUUGUUCGUGAGUGCAAACGCACGACUACAGAGUGUGUGUUCCCGCACAUUAUUACGGUCGUAGACCGUGUUCCGUACGGAAACGUCAGCCGGUGUUUCCGUCGAGAGGAAUAACGCGCGUUCGAAGCUGCUGGACUGCUGCGAAAGUCGAUAAAAGCUGUCCCGGCACGAUGCGGGUCGGGACAGUCAGCUUGCCACAUCGCCUCGGCACGUCGACGAGUGCCUUCUCCGUGGAAAAAGUCGCGAGAAGUAUGAGACGAAAAAGUGUCACGAGCUUGCGUGGGUCCGCCUAAAAAUAAAGGUGCGUCCAUCAGCUCAAAUCGGUUUGGACUUACGCGACCUUUACGCGUGUCUGAAGUGAGUCAUACGUCGUCGCUCGCCGAAGGAUUAAUUGUUCCUGAAGUGGCAUCAUCGCAAGCACGCCGCAAUGAUCACGGACUGGUUGGACACAUGGUUCGGCCGGCCGAAGAAGUCGGGUCGGGGUGCCGGUACGCGCGGCUAUUCGGGCCACAACACCAUGCCCAGGCCGCACUCCGGCGAGGAUGUCAACGAGAUCGAACAGCAACGUUGCAUCAUCGAGAGGAUGGAUGAAGAGACGGUAAACGACAGAUUUGAAGAAAUGCUGGCCAAUAUGAAUCUGACGGAGGAAAAGAAAGAGCCCCUGCGACAACAAUCGGAGUCGAAGAAGAGGGAAAUGCUGGUGCUGCACUACAAGGGCAGUAUACAGGACAACCGAUCGAAAUUCGACAAACCAGCGGACUACAUACAAUACCUGGCGCAGCCUGACUUGAGCGUGAACAAGAUCUACAACUGCAUUGAAUCCCUCAGGAUCGCGCUCACCAACAAUCCGCUUAGCUGGGUGCAGGAGUUCGGCACCAAGGGGCUCAAGCAGGUCCUGGCCACUCUAAAUGAGUGUUACCGAAAUGCCUUCAUAUAUUACGAUAGUGAUAACCGUUACGAGCGAAUACAGUACGAGUGCAUUCGCUGCUUAAAGGCCAUUAUGAAUAAUACCGUCGGUAUAAAGGAGAUGCUGGCCCAUAACGAGGCUCUCACCAUCGUGGCGAGGUCGUUGGAGCCGACGAAACCGUCCGUGAUGUCCGAAGCCGUGAAACUGCUCGGCGCGGUGUGCCUCAUAUCAAGCGACAGCCACAAGAAGGUCUUGGACGCCAUCACCAUGAAUGGCGAAUUUAAGAGUCGCGAGAGAUUUCUACCGAUUGUACAAGGCUUGAUGAACAAGAAGAAUGAAAACUUAAGGGUAGUAUGCCUUCAGCUCAUAAACUCGAUAAUAUCGUCCGCCGAGGAUCUCGAUUUCCGCUUACACCUGAGGAAUGAAGUAAUGCGAGUCGGACUGGCUGACAUUCUUGAAAUACUGGAGAGAGAUGAGUCGGAGGAUUUGGCGACGCAUUUAAAGAUCUUCAACGAUCACAAGGAAGAAGAUUACGAGGAAUUCGUGCAGAGAUUUGACAAUGUGCGCUUAGAAUUGGACGACGUUAACGACUGCUUUGAAGUGAUCAAGAAUAUGGUGAUGGACACGUCCGCCGAGCCUUACUUCAUGUCUAUACUUCAACACCUUUUAUUUAUCCGAGACGACACAUUGAUACGAACGGCGUAUUACAAACUGAUCGAGGAGUGCAUAUCACAAAUCGUUUUGCACCGUUCAGGCUGUGAUCCGGAUUUCUGCGCGACGAAGCGCUUCCAGAUCGACGUGCAACCGUUGAUCGAUACCCUAGUCGAAAAAUCGCGGGCCGACGAGGAACGCCGGUUAGUAGAGAUGACGCAAAAGCUGGAGGAAGCUAUAGCCAGUAGACAAGAGGCCGAGGCGAAGCUGCAGCACGCGGAGAACAAGAUCAAGGAGCUGGAGCAAGGGACGACAAGGUCUACGUCUGGUCCCAGAAUUGCCGUGUGUCCACUUCCACCACCUAUGCCGGGAAUGGGUGGACUACCACCGCCGCCACCUCCUAUGCCUGGUGGCGGCGGUCCACCUCCUCCGCCGAUGCCGGGAAUGACGUGUCCACCUCCGCCACCCAUGCCUGGCUCGAAAGGACCCCCGCCACCACCCAUGCCCGGGAUGGGAGGACCACCACCACCACCCAUGCCUGGAAUGGGACCUCCACCGCCACCGAUGGCGGGAUUCUCUCCACCGGCGCCAGCGAUGCAAGCUUUGCCUCAUGGAUUGAAACCGAAGAAGAAGUGGGAAGUGGAAGGCCAGUUGAAGAGAGCAAACUGGAAAGCUAUUUUACCUCACAAAUUAACGGAGAAAUCAUUCUGGAUGAAAGUACAAGAAGAUAAACUAGCUAGCCCGGAAAUACUGGACGGCCUCGUGCAGAAGUUCUCGUCGAAACCAAGCGGGAGACGAGUGGACGAUGUAGUUGAUAAGUCAAGCUCGAAGAAGGUGAAAGAUCUCAAAGUUUUGGACAGUAAAGCGGCGCAGAAUAUAUCGAUCCUUCUUGGCGGUACGUUGAAGCAUAUGCCUUACGUGGAAGUGAAGAGAUGCCUGUUUAGAUGCGAGGGACCGGUUAUCUCGGACAACGUACUGCAAGGUUUAAUUCAGUAUCUACCGCCGCCGGAUCAGCUGUCGAAGUUGCAGAUAUACAAGGAUCAGUACGAUGACCUGACCGAGGCGGAGCAAUUCUGCGUUACUAUAUCUACGAUAAAAAGGUUACUGCCGAGACUGAGAUCGCUGAGUUUCAUGCUGAGAUACGAGGAACUCGUGCAGGACGUGAAGCCCGACAUAGUGGCGGGCACGGCGGCGUGCGAGGAGGUAAAGAGCAGCAAGAAGUUCGCGCGGAUUCUCGAGUUGAUAUUGUUGUUUGGCAAUUACAUGAAUUGCGGCUCCAGGAACGGCCAAGCGUUCGGAUUUGAGAUCAGCUUCCUCACGAAGUUAACCAGUACGAAGGAUAUUGAUAACAAGCAGACCUUGAUGCAUUACUUGGUGAACACGAUAGAGGUGAAAUUCCCGGAAUGUCUCAACUUUAUGGAGGAGUUGGCGCAUGUGGAUCGAGCCAGUAGAGUGUCCAUGGAGAACAUUCAACGGAUAUUACGGCAGAUGGAGAACAAUAUUCGCAACCUUGAGCAAGAUCUCAUGAACGCCAAGGUCCCGCAAUGCGACGAGGAUCUGUUCAUAGACGUGAUGAAACCAUUCGCCAGGAAGGCCAGAGAAUCCUACGAGGUUCUGCAGAAUAUGUUUAAGAACAUGGACACCCUAUACACGGACAUCUCCGAGUUCUUCUCUUUCGACAAGCAGAAAUACACCAUCGAAGAAUUUUUCAGCGACAUCAAAACGUUCAAAGAUAAUUUCCUGCAAUCGCAGAGGGAGAUAAUCAAACUGAGGGAGAGCGAGGAGAAGCAACGGCGAGCACGGGAGGCGCACGAGAAGGCGGAGGCGGAGAAGGCGGCACGCGCCGCCCGCAAACGUGCGCUGGUUGACAUGAAUGCGCACGAGACGCAGGAAGGUGUCAUGGACAGCUUGAUGGAAGCGCUGCAGACCGGAUCGGCCUUCAGCCGACCUGACCAACGGCGCAAGCGACAGACGCGCGUAGCUGGCGCGGAAAGGCGGGCGCAAUUAAAUAGGAGUCGAUCGCGUACUGGAUUAGUCGGAUCUGGUUUACUAGGGAGAGAACUUUCGACAGAGCUUUUAAGUUCGGCGUAAUCUACGGAAUGCAUCUCGUUUCCGUCCUGAACUCGUUGCUGUGAUGACUUUACGCAUUUUGCAUAAUUUUGCUGAAAACGGCAGUGAAUGGGGAACAUCACAGGGCACAAAUACAAAUCACUUCAAGCAGGAAUAGAAGGAGGGAGAAUAGAUGAUGAUGAAGAGGAGCAGAAUCAACUGCACGUCGGCGACGUGAUUCUUCGACGUGGAGAUCGAGUCGCGUUGCAUUUGCGAUUGCACUUUUAUAAUUUCGUAUCGAGAGAUAACAAAGUCUUCCUUACGUGUAUUUAAACACUCCGUAUGUAAGUAUUGUAUUGUACAAAACAAUAUGACCAAUGCAUUUGUAUAACGGAAACGAUACUCGCGCCGAACCGCUCGGCGACGGGAUUCACUCAUGAGGGACGGAUGUCUGUAUCUGUAAAUGGCAGAUAUUUCGAGAGAGAGCAAGUGGUAUUCGUCGCCAGUAACGCACUUGUAAAUACAUAUGGUAAAUGCCGGCGUCGAGUUAACGUAUUUUUGCAUUCGGGCAUUCAUUGAAGCCGUCUGCGGAUCCAGUGCACGCAUUCUCUCACGUCUCUCUCUUCGGUGUCUUUAUUCGCCGUCUCCGCGAACAGUCAAACGAUAGAAAUUGCAUUUAUUUAUGUAUAUCGCACUGUAAAUAUACUUCGUCUCGGAGGAAGCGCGCAUAUCGAAGUCGAUUCCGUGAAAUUACUGCGCCCCGAGAUGAUGCGUUUGUAAAAAGAUUGUUCGUUUCCGCGGAAGCGAGUGACUUCUCGUGCUGUAGGAAAAAGAAAGCGGUAACGCAUGACGAAAUGUGUCUCUUCGACGUAGUGAAUACCUUGCGCGCGCGCGGAUGUUAUUGCCUGCGAGGGGGGAGGCCUCGCAAUUAUCGCUCGUUUUCGACAUUACGAAAUGGAAAAAACGGUAAUUGCGAUUUACCGUAAUGAUCCCUCCGCUUGUGGCCCGAUAGAACGACCGCGAAGCGUGCGUAGCUCGAUGUUUACGUAACCGGUUGCUCACAUAAUUACCAAUAAGGAUAUUUGCAGUAAUAAUAUUGUCGAAGCUACACUUUGCUACACGGGGACUUUUACACUGAAUUGACGCACAAUUUUUGGCAUAUUUUAACAACGGCUUUAUCUGUGGCUCAACUUUUUUCGAGAACUUAUCUGUGUGUUCACACAUUUUUUACAACGAAAGUAUUUCACUAACGAUACGGCGUUAAUCUACGAGCAAGGAGAACUGAAAUUACUUCUAAGGAAAACAACUUGCUCGAUG